UACUAGGAUCGAUAAGGUGAACAAAAAUCAUAAAAAUCAUGGUGAACUUGGGCGAUAUGAUUGUGCGCCAUUUAGGAACACCACACUUAGCUCACGAGGCUAAAAAAACAUUUUGGCAAUAUGUAAGGUACUAAGAUUAAAGAUUCACUUAUAUUUUUUUUCUGGUUUGUUGGAUGGACAAAAAUAAUCACACAAAGGGGCUUUCUUUUAUAAUCUGUAAAACCCUGUGAAGCCUCAAGCCGGCUAUGGCAUAUUCAGCCAUACAUCAUCAGAUUUCCGGCAUGUCUCCUGCCGUUUCUCUCCCCGUUUGCUUCCACUAACCAACUCCACUCAAAAACUGAAGUCAAGAAUGGCUUCUCUCCACCACUCCCUCUAUGUUCCGAAACCUCUGUUUCACAAACCUUUUUUAAUCCCCUCAUAUCCAUUUCCUAAGCUUCCUUCCAAUUCCGGCAAGUUAUUCCUCCUCCGCCAGAAUUACCGCCUUCUAUGCUUGCCUUCAAGGCCGCCGACGUCUAUGUCCUUUACUGCCGACGACCACCAGCAAAUCCUCGAAGCGGUGGCGGACUCCAAUGAGGAGGUUCUUCCUGCAGUCAGAACUUAUGAAGACAGCUCCGCCCGGCUUACAGUUGUCGGCGCUGUUGAAUUCCAGCAAGCCCUCACUGCCGCCGCUGCCGACGGCGGUCGAGCUGCCGACCAACAUAUUUUGGCUGGGUUGCAGGCCAUGGUCGUUGAGACCAUCUUCCCUGGACCUCCUGAUGAAAACAGCACUCUUUCCACUAGGCUUUUUUUACCAGCUAGGAAAGUAAAAGCAAAAGUUAAGACUCUUAAAGGGUUCAUGGAUGAUGAUCUUAUUUCUAGCACAACAUCCGAGAACAUACUUGCUAUGACGUUUAGGCAAGUAGUUCUGCGACAACUUUGGAGAUUUGAACUCCUUUUAUUUAGACCUGGAACAGAAAGAAAUAUGAAUGAUCUUGAAAACCCCAGAGAGGUACCUGCAAUGUUUAGCAUGUCUUCUUGUGAUGAACGUGUUCUUGCCGUGCUUGCUGAAGUUAUAUGCUCUUCUGCUCUUGAAGGCAUUGAAGGACAUUUCGGUGUUGACUCAUUGAAGAGGAAAUCAAACAAGUUUUCCGAGUGGUUUCAAAAGCAUAAAAAAAUUGUCUCAAAAGACUCGUCUAUUAUUGUGCAUAAGUUGCAUGAAAAAGAGAUUCUUUCAAAUGUUAAAAAUCUUCUGGAAACUUAUAACGCGGAAAAGUUUGAAUCUUUGAGAUCCACAUUAAACAACUCUUGGUGGAAGCUGCCUUCAUACUCUCAACUUGAGAAAAUUGGCGGAUCUGAAUUCACUGCUUGGAUCAGCGAAUAUAUCCCGUUAUACCGGCUGCAAAUUGAUGUUAACAAAUUCAAGGAUGUGAAGCACACAGGGGGCAAGUUUUCAGCUACGAAUAUGUGGGAAAUUCUCUUGACUCACUCUCAAAUGGUUAGUCUGGCCAACAUUCUUGAUAUGUUCUAUGAAGAUGAUUUCACUUUGCCUGCUAAAGAAUUGUCGUCUGGUGCAGUUAUGGAACUGUCCAACAUAAGCCAUAGCAAGAGCAACAGAUCCUUUUUCAAACUAUUGUCAGCCACCAUUGCUGGUGGUCUUUUCAUUGUUACCCUUACCAUCAUGAGCCAGCUUCGGUUGCCCAGUCUCCCUCGAUGGAGGAAAUAUUUUGGCGCUGACAGCCCUCUUCAAUCAUCUUCUGUUAGAUGCAUACAGCCCGAGUCCUUGGAAGAUGUGAAGUUUGUAGAUUACUGCACCUCCGUUAUUAGGAAAGUCAAGGACUCAUUUGGUUGGCCUGGAGAAAUUAGAACAGAAGCCGGUCUUUAUGCCUGGACCGGAGACCUCCCAUUGUACUUGAGGAAAAUGUCUGAAAAUGGCUCAACGACUGCGGAUGUUUCCUCCAGUGGCACAAUGGUAGGAGAAGGACCCGAAGAUAUCAGAGCAUCCAUGCAAGAUAUUGCAAGCUAUCAGGUUGUACUGUCCAAUGACAGGAAAAUUGUUGGAUUUCAACCCACUAGUCGCAUGGCUGUUAAUCACUGGGCUUCAAACCCCUUAGCAAAGGAAUUGUAUGCGGGAAGAAUUCUUUCUCCUGGUCUAAUAGAACCUGGUCUGAAGAUCCCUCAACUAAACGAAGUAGUAGUGUUGGAAUUGUUAAUGUCAGCAAAUUCUGGUCCUCAUUUUGCAUUUGUUAGACCAGUUGAUAUUUCUUGAAUGUUUUAUAGAGAAAGAAACUGAUCAGACAGUGAGAUCUUCUCAGCUAUAUAUGUUUGGGUUGGAUAAAGUUGAGCAGAUCAAUUUGGGUCUUUUCAGGGUAGAAGAUGCCUUGGACAUUUGUUUGUAACUAGUGCUAUUCUCCUUUAAGCUUGUACAGAGUAGACGACGUUGUUGCAGGAACACGACGCCGUUUUUAGCAGAACUGACCCGAGAUAGUGUAACACAUUUGUUUGAACUCAUCUUAUCCUCCUUGUCACGGGAAGAUUGAUGAAAAAGGAAAUCAAGUUUAGGAAGUUGUUGGUGUUUAAGAUAUUGGUGUUUCUGUACAUGCUAGUAUUUCUUUAGCUGAGACUUGAGAAGGAAAUUUAUAUGAUGAAUAGGUUUUAAAUACCAAUGUUGUAGUAACCGUUCAUAGAAACGACACAUAUAUUCUGAACCAUUUGCGUAACCACUACAAUGUAGAUACAAUUCCGUCACCGAUACGGAUGGAGUAAAUAAUGAAAUUCUGGUUUCCAAUCUACAUAUAUUUGCAAAAGCGACUUCAUCUGAAUUCAGCCAGUUGAUUAUGACCGAAGCAUCACUGAAUUGAGUGAUUCCAGUUACGGAAGCCAUUAGGACAGCCUCUCUCGCUGCUAGGGCUUCAAUCACCUUAGGACCGAAGAGACCUUGGUAACUACGUGCAUAACCUGAAACGAAGCCAGUUGAACAAUUCCAAAUAAUUAGAACUCCCGCAGCAGAAAGCUUCAAAUCCGGGUUAGCAGCACCAUCGAAGAAGAUACCAUAUUCCUUGCAUGAAGGCAAGAGAAUUUUUCAGUUUGCAAAGCAUUUCUUCCUUCCUUGGAG